AUACCCUGGAAGGACUAAGUUGGUCCGUAUUCGGGAUCUCGUGGUUCCAAAUCACAGUUUUGAGUAGGGGGCUCGGAGAUGGAGCCGUGGUCCUCUAGGUGGAAGACGAAGCGGUGGCUCUGGGAUUUCACCGUGACCACCCUGGCGCUGACUUUUCUCUUCCAAGCCAGAGGGAUCAGAGCAGGUGCUCCAGUUGAUGUACUAAAAGCAUUAGAUUUUCAUAAUUCUCCAGAAGGAAUAUCAAAAACAACAGGAUUAUGCACAAACAGAAAAGAUUCUAGAGGAUCAGAUGCUGCUUAUAGAGUUUCGAAACAAGCACAACUCAGUGCCCCAACAAAGCAGUUAUUUCCAGGUGGAAGUUUUCCUGAAGACUUUUCAAUAUUGUUUACAGUAAAACCUAAGAAAGGAAUUCAGUCUUUCCUUUUAUCUAUAUAUAAUGAACAUGGCAUUCAACAAAUUGGCGUUGAGGUUGGGAGAUCACCUGUGUUUUUGUAUGAAGACCACACUGGAAAACCUGCCCCCGAAGACUAUCCUCUCUUCAGAACUGUUAACAUUGCUGAUGGGAAGUGGCAUCGGGUAGCAAUCAGUGUGGAGAAGAAAACUGUGACAAUGAUAGUUGAUUGUAAGAAGAAAACUACAAAACCACUUGAUAGAAGUGAAAGGGCAAUUGUUGAUACCAAUGGAAUCACCGUUUUUGGAACAAGGAUUUUGGAUGAAGAAGUUUUUGAGGGCGACAUCCAACAGUUGUUGAUCACCGGGGAUCCCAAAGCAGCAUACGACUACUGUGAGCAUUACAGCCCGGACUGUGACUCUUCAGCACCUAAUGCUGCCCAGGCUCAGGAACCUCAGAUAGAUGAGAAAAAGAAAUCCAAUUUCAAAAAGAAGAUGAGGACAGUGGCCACUAGAUCAAAGGAAAAGCCCAAAAAGUUUACACCCCCCAAAUCUGAAAAAUUUGCAUCAAAGAAGAAGAAAACUUACCGAGCUGCAAAAGCCAAACUAGGGGUAAAGGCAAAUACUGUUGACUUCCAAGAAUACAACUACGGAACAAUGGAAAGUUAUCAGACAGAAGCUCCUAGGCGUGUAUCUGGAUCCAAUGAGCCAAAUCCAGUUGAAGAAGUAUUUACUGAAGAAUAUCUAACUGGAGAGGAUUAUGAUUCCCAGAGGAAAAAAUUUGAGGAUACAUUAUAUGAAAACAAAGAAAUAGACGACAGGGACUCUGAUCUUCUAGUAGAUGGCGAUUUAGGUGAAUAUGGUUAUGAGUAUAAAGAAUAUGAAGAUAAAGCAACACCCUCCCCUAAUGAAGAGUUUGGUCCAGGUGUACCAGCAGAAACUGAUUUCACCGAGACAAGUAUAAACGGCCAUGGUGCCUAUGGAGAAAAGGGACAGAAAGGGGAACCAGCAGUGGUUGAACCAGGUAUGCUUGUUGAAGGACCACCAGGGCCAGCAGGACCUGCGGGUCUGAUGGGUCCUCCAGGUCUCCAAGGCCCCAGUGGACCUCCUGGCGACCCUGGUGACAGGGGCCCUCCAGGACGUCCCGGUUUACCAGGAGCUGAUGGUCUACCUGGUCCUCCUGGCACUAUGCUAAUGUUACCGUUUCGUUAUGGUGGCGAUGGCUCCAAAGGACCAACGAUCUCUGCACAGGAGGCCCAGGCUCAGGCUAUCCUUCAGCAGGCUCGGAUUGCUCUGAGAGGUCCGCCUGGUCCAAUGGGUCUAACUGGAAGACCAGGUCCUGUGGGUGGACCUGGCUCAGCUGGGGCCAAAGGUGAAAGUGGUGAUCCUGGACCUCAGGGUCCUCGUGGUGUCCAGGGUCCUCCUGGUCCAACUGGGAAACCUGGAAAAAGGGGCCGUCCAGGAGCGGAUGGAGGAAGAGGAAUGCCAGGGGAACCCGGGGCAAAGGGCGAUCGUGGCUUCGAUGGCCUUCCAGGACUUCCAGGUGAUAAAGGUCAUAGGGGUGAAAGAGGUCCGCAGGGCCCACCCGGGCCUCCUGGUGAUGACGGAAGGAGAGGGGAAGAUGGAGAAAUAGGGCCAAGGGGCCUUCCAGGUGAAGCUGGUCCAAGAGGUUUACUGGGACCCAGAGGAACUCCAGGACCUCCGGGGCAGCCUGGUAUGGCAGGUGUAGAUGGCCCCCCAGGACCAAAAGGAAACAUGGGUCCCCAGGGGGAGCCUGGGCCUCCAGGUCAACAAGGAAAUCCAGGUCCUGAAGGUCUUCCUGGUCCACAAGGUCCAAUUGGUCCACCAGGUGAAAAAGGACCCCAAGGAAAGCCAGGACUUGCAGGACUUCCUGGGGCUGAUGGGCCUCCUGGUCAUCCUGGAAAAGAAGGCCCGUCUGGAGAAAAGGGAGCCCUGGGUCCUCCUGGUCCACAAGGCCCUAUUGGCUAUCCUGGUCCCCGAGGUGUAAAGGGUGCAGAUGGUGUCAGAGGUCUGAAGGGAUCUAAAGGUGAAAAGGGAGAAGAUGGUUUUCCAGGAUUCAAAGGUGAUAUGGGUCUAAAGGGUGAUAGAGGAGAAGUAGGUCAAAUAGGCCCAAGAGGAGAAGAUGGCCCGGAAGGGCCCAAGGGUCGAGCAGGUCCAACUGGUGACCCUGGUCCUGCUGGUCAAGCAGGAGAGAAGGGGAAACUUGGAGUUCCAGGAUUACCAGGAUAUCCAGGAAGACAAGGUCCAAAGGGUUCAACUGGAUUUCCUGGGUUCCCAGGUGCCAAUGGAGAGAAAGGUGCACGGGGAAUAGCUGGAAAACCAGGUCCUCGGGGUCAACGUGGUCCAACGGGUCCUCGAGGCUCAAGAGGUGCAAGAGGUCCCACCGGGAAACCAGGACCAAAGGGCACUUCUGGUGGUGAUGGUCCUCCUGGCCCUCCGGGUGAAAGAGGCCCUCAAGGACCUCAGGGUCCAGUUGGCUUUCCUGGACCAAAAGGCCCUCCUGGACCACCUGGGAAAGAUGGCCUGCCAGGACAUCCUGGGCAGCGAGGAGAAACAGGAUUUCAAGGCAAGACCGGACCUCCUGGACCAGGAGGGGUUGUUGGGCCACAGGGACCAACUGGAGAGACUGGUCCAAUAGGUGAACGAGGGCAUCCUGGUCCCCCAGGGCCUCCUGGUGAACAAGGUCUUCCUGGUGCUGCUGGAAAAGAAGGUGCAAAGGGUGACCCAGGGCCUCAAGGUGUAUCAGGGAAAGAUGGGCCAGCAGGACUACGUGGUUUCCCAGGUGAAAGAGGUCUUCCAGGAGCUCAGGGGGCACCUGGACUGAAAGGUGGAGAAGGUCCCCAGGGCCCGCCAGGUCCAGUUGGCUCACCAGGAGAACGAGGGUCAGCAGGUACAGCGGGCCCAAUUGGCUUGCCAGGGCGUCCAGGACCCCAGGGCCCUCCAGGUCCAGCUGGAGAGAAAGGUGCUCCUGGGGAGAAAGGUCCCCAAGGCCCUGCAGGAAGAGAUGGAGUACAAGGUCCAGUGGGUCUCCCAGGGCCAGCUGGUCCUGCUGGCUCGCCUGGAGAAGAUGGAGACAAGGGUGAAAUUGGAGAACCAGGACAAAAGGGCAGCAAAGGUGACAAAGGGGAAAAUGGUCCUCCUGGUCCCCCAGGCCUUCAAGGACCAGUAGGUGCCCCUGGAAUUGCUGGAGGUGAUGGUGAACCAGGUCCUAGAGGACAGCAGGGGAUGUUUGGGCAAAAAGGUGAUGAAGGUGCAAGAGGUUUCCCUGGACCUCCUGGUCCUGUAGGUCUUCAGGGUCUGCCAGGGCCUCCUGGUGAAAAAGGUGAAAACGGAGAUGUGGGUCCCAUGGGUCCACCUGGCCCUCCAGGCCCAAGAGGACCUCAAGGCCCCAGUGGAGCAGAUGGCCCACAAGGACCACCAGGAUCUGUUGGUUCAGUUGGUGGUGUGGGAGAAAAGGGUGAGCCUGGAGAAGCAGGAAACCCAGGGCCUCCUGGGGAAGCAGGCCCAGGCGGGCCCAAAGGAGAAAGAGGAGAGAAAGGAGAAGCUGGUCCCCCUGGUGCUGCUGGACCUCCUGGUGCUAAGGGGCCGCCAGGUGAUGAUGGCCCCAAGGGUAAUCCGGGUCCUGUUGGUUUUCCUGGAGAUCCUGGUCCUCCUGGCGAGCCUGGACCUGCAGGUCAGGAUGGUGUUGGCGGUGACAAGGGUGAAGACGGAGAUCCUGGGCAACCAGGUCCUCCUGGUCCAUCUGGUGAGGCUGGUCCACCAGGACCUCCUGGAAAAAGAGGUCCUCCUGGAGCUGCUGGGGCAGAAGGAAGACAAGGUGAAAAAGGUGCUAAGGGAGAAGCGGGUGCUGAAGGUCCUCCUGGGAAAACUGGUCCAGUUGGACCUCAGGGUCCUGCUGGAAAGCCGGGUCCAGAAGGUCUUCGAGGUAUCCCUGGCCCAGUGGGCGAGCAAGGCCUCCCAGGAGCUGCAGGUCAAGAUGGGCCUCCAGGACCUGUGGGACCUCCUGGCUUACCAGGUCUCAAAGGUGAUCCCGGCUCCAAGGGUGAGAAGGGUCAUCCUGGUUUGAUUGGCUUGAUUGGUCCUCCAGGGGAGCAAGGAGAAAAGGGUGACCGAGGACUCCCUGGAACUCAAGGGUCUCCAGGAGCGAAGGGUGAUGGGGGGAUUCCAGGUCCUGCUGGUCCCAUUGGUCCACCUGGUCCUCCUGGCCUACCAGGUCCCCAAGGACCAAAGGGUAAUAAAGGCUCCACUGGACCUGCUGGCCAGAAGGGUGAUAGUGGUCUUCCAGGACCUCCUGGGCCUCCGGGUCCACCUGGUGAAGUCAUUCAGCCUUUACCAAUCUUGUCACCUAAGAAAACAAGAAGACACACUGAAGGCAUGCAAGCAGAUGCACAUGAUAAUAUUCUUGAUUACUCAGAUGGGAUGGAGGAAAUAUUUGGUUCUCUUAAUUCUUUAAAACAAGACAUUGAACAUAUGAAGUUUCCAAUGGGUACCCAGACCAAUCCAGCUCGAACUUGCAAAGACUUGCAGCUCAGCCAUCCUGACUUCCCAGAUGGUGAAUACUGGAUUGAUCCUAACCAAGGUUGUUCAGGAGAUUCCUUCAAAGUUUACUGUAAUUUCACAUCUGGUGGUGAGACUUGCAUUUAUCCUGACAAAAAAUCUGAAGGAGUAAGAAUUUCAUCAUGGCCAAAGGAAACACCAGGAAGUUGGUUUAGUGAAUUUAAGAGAGGAAAAUUGCUUUCAUAUGUGGAUGUUGAAGGCAAUUCCAUUAACAUGGUACAAAUGACAUUCCUGAAGCUGCUGACUGCCUCUGCCCGGCAGAAUUUCACCUACCACUGUCAUCAGUCGGCAGCCUGGCAUGAUGCAACAUCAGGAAGUUACGACAAAGCACUUCGGUUCCUGGGAUCAAAUGAUGAGGAGAUGUCCUAUGACAACAACCCUUACAUCAAAGCGUUGUCUGAUGGCUGUGCCUCCAAGAAAGGAUAUGGGAAGACUGUGAUUGAAAUCAACACACCGAAAAUUGACCAAGUACCUAUUAUUGAUGUAAUGAUCAAUGACUUUGGUGAUCAGAAUCAGAAGUUUGGAUUUGAAGUUAGUGCUGUUUGUUUCCUUGGCUAAGAUUAGAACCAAGAAUAUGUGAAAUCACCAGAAAAUAUGCCUUGGUGCUGCCAACCGUUUUUACACCACAUGCAAGUUUUGAAUAAAGAUGGUAUGAAAACACCAUGCUACAUAAGCAUGUACCAGUUAGGAAAUACUGAUGCCCAUGAGGGGGCAGAAUCACGUGACGAAAGUGUUGAAUAUCAGAAAGGUAUUUGAUAUAGUGUGGCUGAGGUGGAAAGAGCUGAUUCUUGAUGCCCAGUUCUCAUCUACUUUUCCUAUUUGGAUUUCUUUGGUGCUGUAGAAGAAAAAAAGAGAAAAAUAUAUAUUCAUAAAAAAUAUGGUGCUCAUUCCCGUUCAUCCAGGAUGCGCUAACAUAGUGUGUUUCAUAAAUUGUAAUUAUUGUAUGUACAGUUCUAUACUGUUCCCCAUGUGUCCACUUGCAAAACUUGCACGUGUCUAUGAAUUCCAUCUGACUUUAAUUUUAUGACAGUUGCAGAAUUAUGAUGGCAAUAAAUAUAUUUCCUACGAAAAAUAAAAUUGUAAUUUCUGAUGGCUCUAAUUCUCUUUCUUUGAUUAAUAAUAAAAUGCCUUUGUAUGUGUUGAUCUUGAAGAGUUCAAUUCUUUGAUGUCGUCAACAAAUUUAUCAGAGGGCAAAAACUGGAAGACGUCAGAAGCACACUUUGAUCAACUCUCGUCUGCUGACAGUAACUUUGGUGAAAUUCAGCCAAAAAUAUCAGGCAUUUUUGAUGCUUUAUUCAAUGCCAUACCUCAAAGUUUUCUUCUCAGAAUUCAGGAUUUCACAGCAUACUUGUAUAUAUGGAAGACAAGCAAGUCUAUAUUUUUUGAACAGGAAAAUAUAUGUGAGAAACUAUUGUAGCACAUCAAUGCCUCAAUCAAGCAAACAAUCAUUUGCAUAUUUUUUCUACCUUAUAGCAUUGUUUUCAGUGUGCUUCAUCAUUACAGGUUAAUAUUAAAGAUGAAAACUAAUCAAUUAUUUAUGGCUUUGUGCAAUGUUAGAAUUUUAAUCAAUCACUUGAAUUUUAUCCUAAGUUGCAUUUUAUGUUAGUCCUAUAUUACUUUUUUGCCCAACAACUACUUUUUUUUUAUUUCUAGAUAACCACAUCCAUCAUUUGACCAACAUAAUUGACAAAUAGCAUAAGGUGGACUGCUCAUUUAACUGUACUUAUUUUUAAAAUCAUACUUAUUCAAAGCAAUCAAAACCUUUUUUCCCACUGAGGUAUUUUCUAUCUAUAGUUUGAAAUAGUAGCAAAAUUUUAAAAUUAUGAACUGAACUUUGUAUCUAUUUUAAGUAAUAUAUGUAAGACUUGAAAAUAAAUGUUUUAUUAUUUCUUAUUUGAAGUGUUAAAUUGAUACCAGAUUCUACUGGAACAUUUUCAACUGAUAAUUUAUCACAAAAGAA